AUGACCUUUCACGCCCCUGUCUGGGGUGCCGAUGAAAACCCAUCGUUUGUGAUCCUUGACAUUAAUGGAUGGUACUGGGUAACCGGCAUAAAGUCCCGGUAUGUUCCAAUGGAUUCCUGGGAGGACUUUGGCCGUGGCAUUCCUGAACUCGGUGAGCAUCGGCUCCUCUUCGCAUUUACGCUGGCCACGGGUGGGCGAUACUACGGAGAUAUCCCAACGACAACGAAGAAUUCCGCCGUAUUAAAGAAAGCGGCAUCAGAGGCUAAGGAAAACUUGGGUCCAGAUGCAAAACUACUUCCUUUGAUUCAUUGGUUUCGGGUGAAGUUUGGAAAUAGCACUGUUAGGUGA